GAUUAGUAUAAAUAGCUUUAGAUUAGUUUAAAUUUUCAUAAAUUGCUUCGCUAUUAUUUUCUGUAUUUUCUCUAUCAUUCUUGGCUGUAUUCACAGAACAUUAAUUAGCUUUAGGCUAUUCGGCUCCACAAAACCGCAAAUAUGUCCACGAACUCCAGCCGUAUGUCCGAAAAUUCCAGCAAUAUGUCGCUCGAAGAUUGGACCGAUCACAUCAACACUCGACUGGAUGUUAUAUACAAAGACCUCUGCGACUUCGAACAAAGCAUCAAUGCACAAAACGAGACCGGCGAUACGGAAGAGGUAAAACUAAUGGAAUUACUAGAGGCUGUUAAUGAUAUUCGACGCACUGCACGCAGUAUACGACCCAAAACGAACAUUUUAGUUGAUAAACAGGCGCAACUGCGUGAACAAAUGGAAAUGUUGCAACGUUCAGUGGAGAUAUUGCACUUGGAGAAUCGUACGCGUGCAGUGGAAAUUGAGCCUUUAGCGGAUGAAGCUAUGGAAUGAGGCAUGGCUAUUUGGUUUUUUGUCAUCCCGUUUAUUUAUAUGUAUAUUAAACAUGCACAACAACAUACGCUUAAACAUUUCCACUCAUAUAAACGGCGCAAGCACGUGGAGAACGAAUGCAUUUAACGGCUUUUUAUAGUUUAAAUGGAAAAUUAAAUUUUAAUUAAUAUUUUAUAAA